CAAGCUUCAUUUCGUGAAGAACAUUUCUAGUUCAAAUCUAAGAUGUUUAACAUAAAAAACAAGUUUCGUUCUGUUUUAACAACCGUAAGCGGCAGUUUAAGUCGAAGAGCCCACGAGGUCAACAGACGCAGCCCAACACCAACAAAGGGAGCAACCGAAGAUGAAAGGAGUGCAUACAGAGGUGGAUAUGGACUUCUUCCAUUAAGGAAGAUUARAAACCCUGUCAGGCGUUUAACAUUUCGUCACAAGAUACUCAGAGUCAGAAUACCAGAUCUAGACAUUCAAGCAAAGUUUCAGCUAAAACCGUUUUACCUGAAAACAAAAACGGCACAACCAAUCGAUUUGGAGCAUUACGACCAGAAGGACAACCUGGAUGGUAAAGGUUUUGUCAAUGAAACAGUCGUCUUUCUCGAAGAUGCCAUGAAACUAGGAAUGAAAGCCACUCCUAUCGAUCUUGAGCAACUCCUUAAAGAGGAAACGAUAAGCCCCAAAUCAACCUACGAAGACCUCAAGCUUCCGCCAAUUGCUGCGRUAGAGCACAAUAUAGCCAGCAAGACCARACUUUGCGCCUUUGGUGGGAGCACACUAUCCAAGAAGGUCUUUGAACUGAACGAAGCCAAGCCGUUUGGAUAUGAAUUUCAACAAUUAAACAAGAUGUCUUCCGAUAUGAAGAACCCAUUCAAAAAAGACAUGGUAAAUUUGAGAAAGGAUUUAAAGAAUUGGGUGGGGAGACUGUCGCCAUUAGAGGAACCAGAAGAUUCCGAGAUGAUGUCAAAGAGACGCAGCCGUUCAAAACCAAAGGACAAAGAACAAGAGUUGGCGCCUCUUGUCUCUGGAAAUGCUACAUCUGAUAAAAGUUUGAAGAGCAAAAUGGUAGCCGAGAUGCAUGGCCGUGACGACAUCUUUCCUGGAAGAAAAGAGCUUGCUCCUCUGCAGCAAAAUAGCAUUGAAAAGAUUGCUGAUGGCGCCAAGACCAAGAAAAGGUCCAAGAAACACAGGAAAACAGCUAGUGAGGUGCCAGCCCUUCACAGGGAUCGCGAGCUACCCUCCAUUCAUGCACCAAGAUGUGCCAGUCCGAUGUUACUGCCUUCCAAUGAUAAUGUUAUCACUCCAAAGGACUUGUAUAAGCCAAAGUAUCAAAGAGCAGAACCACUACCAUCCAUUGCACCAAGGUGCCCAAGUCCAAAGAUUCCAGGCUCCAAUGGUAUCACACCAAGAGACAUGUACAAGCCAAGGGCAACUAUCACUCCAAGAGAGAUGUACAAGACGGGAAAGAAGGGCUACAACCAUUUCCAAUGA